CGACCUACAAAGAGAUCCUUAAAGGACCUGCACCAAGUGAGGAAGGGACAAAUGAGAUGGAGAUAGAAAAGAGAGAGAAGGCGGAAAAGGGAAUCAGACAAGAGGAUGAUGAGGAUAGAGAGGAGAUUCGGUAUGUAGACUUGGAGGAGAAGGUCAACGAGGACACGGAGGAGGAAACAGAUGAAGAGGAUGACAAGGAGGACAUGGACGUGGAAGACAAUAACGAAGACAAAGAGGAGUUGGAAGACGAAGAGGAGGAGGAGGAAAAAGAGGAGGAGGAAGAAGAGGAUAAACAGGGAGAGAAAGUUGGGGAGUAUGACGAGGAGGAAUGCUCCAGUGAGGAAGAAGGAAACAAUAAUCAUAGGGCGAAGGAGGAUGAGAAGCCCCCAGAAGCGCCAGGAUGGGAAAGGGUUGAUGAGGUUGCAGGAAAGGCAGAGGGGGAUAGAAACUCUGAGGAAAUGACAGAGGAUAAGGAAGAGAGGACUCUAGACGAGGGAGAAGAAAGACGGCUUCGUGCCGAACGUAGAGCCCGUGCUCUCGCAGCAUCGAGAGAAGCAGCAAGCCUUGCAGCUAGGGAGCAGGCUGCAGCAGCAGCCACGGCAACAGCAAUGGCUACCGCAGCAGCAACCUCUGCUGCAACUAUGGUUGCGUCCUCGUCAGGAACCCAGUUGGGAAUGCCAACGGGGUCCCCGGGUAUCUCCACUUUACUAGGGUCUAGGCCGUCUACAAGUCAAAUGACGGGCGUGCAGUUCAGCCCGUUGACYCCUCRCGAGAGGGAGCUCAGGGAGCUUCAACAUGUCGAAAGGAUCCGUGAAAGAUUAGAGAGGGAAUUGAAACAGGCUACCGACAGAGAAAAGGAGAUCAAAAAUAGAACAGCCAGGCUUGAUACUCUAGAGACUGACAAGGCUGAGUUGGAGGGCUUGGACGAUUCAGGAAUGAACGAGCCCAUGAAAGUGUCGAGGAACAACAUGCUGUCACUACAUGUGCAUGUGGACAGCAGGUUGGACUUCAUGCAGAACAAUUUAGACCAGAUCUUGGACGCUUUGAUAAGGCCAGGAAUCCGGCCACCAGCACAAUCGCCGUUGCCGUUAACAGCAAUGUCAGGUCCCUUUCCCUUACAAGCUGGCACACAUCCAAGUGGUACGUCUGCAGCAGUCUCGCAGACCGUUGCGUCUUCUUCUUUGGGUCCAGUGGUGAAUGCUACAUCACCAGCAAUCUGGACAGCAGCAAGGUCAAUGGUACCCCAAGACCCCAAUGAAACCGCCUCUUGCCUUCUCAGGCAAGAGAAAGGACGAGGAACUCAACACAUGGUUGAGGACGGUCCCGGUUUGGGUGAAGCCCAAAAGGACCUUGCCAGAGGAUGAGGUGGUAACUGCGGCAUCUUACCUAGAGGGUAAAGCAACCAAGUG